AUCAAAAUCAACCCUCGCAAACCGUAUCAUUCUUCAUCCCUCCUUCAUCAGUAUGUCCGACACCAAGAGACAAAAGGUGGUUUCCGCACCUGUCAGAAAGGGUAUUUUCUCGCCCUUGCGCUCGUUGGGUGAUGUGUCCUCUCACAUUCCGUUCUCCCUCGGGACGUUGGGGAACACCUUCUACGUCGUCACGGCAGUGGCGCAAAACGUGUCGCUUUUCGACGCCAACAACUUGCACUUAAUGUUCCACUUCCGCGUACCACAAUUGGUCACCGCCACCACCGCCAAGAAUGAGUAUGUGUACGUCGCGUAUGGCAGCACUGUCGGCGUGUUCAAGCGCGGCAAGCUCGCGCACCGCAUUGCGGUAGAGACCGAGGACGCCAUCAUCAAGCUCCUUACAUUCGGUGAUUUCCUCAUUGCCGCGACCGAAUCCCAGAUCUUCCUCUUCAAGAAGCCAACGGGCGGCAAAGUUGCGACAGAGCCGUACACAACCUUGGCUGUCAACGCGUUGAACGGGGCCAUCGUGGACAUCGUCCAUCCACCAACCUACCUCAACAAGAUCGUUGUUGCAACCGCCUCCAACCUCUUGGUGUUCAACCUUAAGACUGCGAAGUUGUUGUUCACGUCGCCUGACUUUGUUGAACCCAUCUCCGCGCUCACGGCCGCGCCGGUGCUUGACAUCGUCGCGGUGGGCCACACCACAGGUGGAGUCACCAUCUACAAUAUCAAGAAGGCAAAGCAGUUGAAGCGUGUGGUGUGCGGCGAGACGCGUGUGUCGUCGGUUUCGUUCCGCUCGGACGGGUCGCCGCACUUUGUCGCGUCGUUGAUGUCAGGUGACUUGUUCUUCUACGACUUGAACAAGCGCGCACGCAUCCAUGUACUCCGCACGGCACACAAGGAGGCGUACGGCGGUGUUGCACGGGCAGAGUUUCUCAACGGGCAGCCGAUUGUUGUCACCAAUGGUAACGACAAUCAGCUCAAAGAGUUUGUGUUUGAUCCGUCGUUGUCGACCUCUAACACCGCCAUCGUUUCGCCUCCAAGAUUCUUGCGUGGGAGGGGUGGCCACUCCGCGCCGCCAUCGCAGAUUGUGUUUCAGAACGAGAACGCGCACCAGUUGCUCUCCGCCUCGCGUGACUUGUCUUUCUGGUCGUUCUCGCUCCGCAAGGAUGCACAGUCGUUUGAGAUGUCGCAGAAGCGCAAGAUGACGUAUGCAGAUGGUGUUUCGGGUAAGUUUCCGGAAAUUUCUGCUAUCGCCAUCACCUACGCGCCGACCGAGUUCGCCGAUGUUGUCACCGCACAUAAAGACACCGCGUACGCAGUCACCUGGCACUCGAAAUUGAAGAAGAUUGGCCAACACACCUUGCGCACCGUUGACCAGGGUGUUGUCAAGGCUGUUGCCAUCACGCAGUGCGGUAACUUUGCGCUCGUCGGUUCUGCGGGUGGCAGCAUUGCGUGCUACAACUUGCAGUCCGGGAUCUUGCGUAAGCGCUACAACUUGCACAAGAAGGCGGUAACCGGCUUGGCUGUUGAUGGAAUGAACCGUAAGAUGGUUUCCGUAGGGUUGGAUGGGGUUGUCGGCUUCUAUGACUUCACCCAGUCGACCUACCUCGGUAAAUUGGUUUUGGACGCCCCAAUCACCCAGAUGGUAUACCACCGCUCUUCUGACUUGUUUGCCUUGGCCUUGGACGAUCUUUCGAUCGUAGUGGUUGAUGCCGUCACCCAGAAGGUGGUCAGAGUCUUGUAUGGCCAUUCCAACAGAAUCACUUCCUUGGACUUCUCUCCAGACGGUAGAUGGCUCGUAUCCGCGUCGCUCGAUGCAACCAUCCGUACCUGGGACUUACCAACCGGUAACACCAUCGAUGGGAUCCGCGUGUCAAAUGUAGCCACCUCGGUCAAGUUUGCUCCUACCGGCGAUGUUUUAGUAUCUACCCAUGUCAAGGGCAACGGAGUCGCUGUUUGGACGAACCGUGCACAGUUCCGGCCAGUCUCUACCCGUCAAAUCGAGGAGGACGAAUUCUCCUCCGUCGACUUGGCCAAGGAGUUGUCUCUCGGUGAGGUUGGCGUGUUGGAUGGUGCGUUCGACGAGGUUUCCGCCGAUUUUGGGGGUAUUUACACCUCUGUCGACCAGAUCAAUGAGGAUUUGUUGACUUUGAGUGUUGGCCCAAGAUCCAAGUUCAACACCUUGGUCCACUUGGACACUAUCAAACUCAGAAAUAAGGUCAAAGAAGCGCCAAAGAAGUCGAAGAACGCGCCCUUUUUUCUCGCCUUAUCAGGUGAAACGGUCGGUGACCGUGCAUCCGUUGCUGAGGGUGUGGCUCCUGUCGUGGAUGCCAGUAUUACCAGCGGUGACGGUGAGAGUAGCUUAAGCAGCCUCAGGGCGGGUGCUAACGUCUCCUUCGAAUCUAGGUUCACCCAGUUGUUGAGAGAGGCCGCUGAAAAGGAAGACUACGUUGAGUUCUUGGCAUACUUGUUGGCGCUCUCGCCAUCUUCCAUUGACUUGGAGAUCAGGUCGUUGUCUAGCGUUCCGCCGUUAAAUGAAAUGGCAAACUUUGUGGACGCCUUGACCACAGGGUUGGGCUCUAACAAGAACUUUGAGUUGUACGAGGCGUUCAUGAACAUGUUAUUAAAGGUGCACUCAGACGUGGUGCAUGACCUUGGGAAGAACGAUGAAGGCUUGCAGACUGCAUUGGUUAGAUGGAAUGCGGUGACGAGUGGGAGAGGACAAACUUUGGAGGGGUUGGUGAAGUACUGUGCUGCCGUGGUGAACUUUGUAGGGACAGUCUAAGCCAGCGAGCGAAGUCGACCGUACCCGGGAGAUUUGAAAGCUCUAACAAGAUUAAGAGAUUAGACUGUAUAUGAUCUAAAAUAAUAUAUACUCAUUAGGAAUAAUAUGCAAGAGGUAAAAAACGG